CACUCAUCACUGGCAGCCGUAAGCCACCUAAAUUCUUUGUUAUUGCAUUCGGCUAUUCGGCUCGAAGAUCAUUAUUUGAUCGACUCCCAGGCUCGCCGCGAUAAUAUGCGGGCCCCUGUUAUCACUCGCCAGUGGAAGUGCGAGGCCAGAACAGCUGCUAGUCGGACAGCAGCGAAAACAAAAGGCGAGCUGUAACAAUAGCCCAGAUCCAGAUAAUCAGCAGUGGAAGAUCACUCGGCGGAGAGCCCCCAUUCAGAAGUCAGAAGACCGAACAAUGAACUAGCACUAGCCGAUAUAGGAAACAGCAGAGCUCAGAAGAACAUUGGGCUGCCGAGGUGUCAACAGGUGUCACACAAUGGGCGACCAGCAGGAGGAGGAGACUAUCCAGCAGCUCUUGGAUUUGCUGCCCAAGGAUCAGCGGCAUGUCUUUGAGACCUUCAUCCAGUGGCUCCAUGGUAAAUCCUCAGGACCCAUUCAGUCCCACCAGAACGCCCUGCAAUCCGUGCUCCAGGCGUCGCCCUAUCCCGCCCUGCAACUUCUGCAGUUGCUCCACGAGCGCUCCAAGUUGCACAUUGGCCAGAUAAUCGCCACCCUACUCCGUCAGCUGCUAGACGGCGAUGUCUCAUCACCGCGUUCCCUUUGUGUGCUGGCCAACUUUCCGGCGAGCAUUAUAGAGGCGCCCACACUUCGGCAAAAGCUAAUGACUCGUCUAGUGGGUGAAUCAGUCACCAGCGAGCACUUAAUGCUGGCCAUGUUGGCGCGCAGCGAGGGGCAGCUCCUGGAAGAUCUGCUGCAGGAGCAGCAAGUGGCCUUGCGAACGCAAUGCGGCGAGUCGGCGCCCACCAGACUUCUGGUUUUGUGGUUGGCCCUCAGCCAAAGAGAGCACUUCGUGGCCAGUGUGUGCCAACAACUGAAGAACUUUCAAUGCUUCAAGGACCCCACGCUGAGGAACACCUUGCUUAUCUUGCGACUGGCCAACGAGUUUGCCUUGGGCGCGCAGACUUUGGACGAGCUCGGCUGUCUGGACAAAUUCUUAGAGGAGUUCGAUGUUAGCGCUGUGCCGGAGGAUUUGCAGGAAGUUUAUCGUUUUUUCUACGCCGACUUUCAACGCCUGUCCACGCUGCUCAACUUCCUGCGUCCGCGGGAGGUAAGCAAAACCCUUAAGGUGGAUGCCCUGCUGCGGGCGCCGGGUGUACUCUCCGUGAUACACGAAAAUGGAAUUCGAUGUGAACACCAGGAGCUGCUGCGCCUUCUUGAGGACACCUACAAGUGGCAAAAGCAGACUCCUGCGCUGAAGUGUCACCACCAGCAGGAGGUAGAGAUUCUGAGCUACUACACUGCCCUCUGCCAUGUGUACAAUGUAAUCCUGGAUCAGGGCGAGACGACGACCAAGGCCAAGCUGGUGCAACUUUCCGGACAAUUAAGGCAACUGCACCAGUUGGGAACCUUGUGCUCUCUGCUGGAAGACAUAUUCCUCUUGGUUUUCCUUCGAUGGGAGCAGCUAGAGCAGAAUCCUCAGAAAAGAAGGGAAGAUGAGGAGGACGACGAGGAAGAUGAUGAUGAGCAGUACGUCGAUGAUGACGUCGCCUCGGCCCCACGUCCGACCACUGUCCACAGUCAGCGCACUCGCUACGGGUUCAUCUGCCGCUCGACCUCGCUGCAGGCACUUUUCACGUUCCUCAAGGCGUUCGUCACCAAGAAGUUGCAUUCCCAAGACUACAAGUGCGCCACGGAGCACCAACAAAGAUUCCAGCGCUUGGUGGACGCCAUUAGCGAAGCUUUGUGGAAGCUGGGAGUUUUGCAGAAGAUUGAACAGUCGCUCAUCAAGUCAGCGCCAUCGAUCAGCUGCCUUCUAGAGCCGGAACAGCUACUACAAUUGGUCCAACUCCACAGCACCGCCAAGGAGAAGGCCUCUAGCGACGACGAAAGUCGGGAGCGCAGCAACCACGCCUCCAGCCUCAAUCGGAGAAAGACCCGUAGGCAACGACGAGCAGCCAGCUUCAGUGGAGCAGUAACUACAAAAUCACCCAUAGAUGGAGGACUCACCAUGGAGCAGCUUCGGGCACGGGCGCAAUUGCUCAGUGGUAGUGGCAGCAGGAAAAAUUCUUGCGUCACCUCUCCGUGUGAGAGGUCCAUCAUCCCCAAAAUGCUCAGUACGCCAGAGCAGCUGGCUAUCAUGGCGCUGGCCCUAAAGAAUUUUAACGAUGUCAAGCAGAUCAUUGAGACCUUCCAUCUGGAGCAGAGCCAAUUAAACCGGGAGCUGCACUUCAUGGAGCAGCAGCAACUGGUGAAGCAGAAACUGGCCACCAUCUACGCCAAUUAUCAGGCAUUAGAAGCGCAGCAGGCCAACUGUGGAGAGACCACCGUGGAGCAGAUCAAGGGUGUGGCGGCCAAGGGAUUCGAGCUGUCCAAGAUCAUCAGCGUUGUGGACAACUUUGCGCAGGCGCAGCGUCUGCAACAAAGCCCCGAGUUAAAAGCCCUCAUCUUGCGACUCAGUUCCAAUGGACAACAGGGAUUUCUUCAGCAGUUCGAGGAGCGCAAUCUGAAUGCUUUGAUCAUAUGUGAUCUUAUUGUGAACCUGGGAUUCAACCGGGAGAUAACCAGCAACUUGUUAUUGGUCAUUCGGCGCCAGCAGCAGCAGAAGAUGACCAACGAUGAGGCGUCGUCCUCCCCCGGUUCCAGUGAGUUCGGGGCCAUGAAUCUCCUGCAGAAUCUGUGCGAGUGUAUGCGUCUGUUGGAACGAUCUGGUCAACAGCCUGCGCUGAAUGAGCUGCUCUCUCUGAAGAGUUAUCCACUCAGGCCGUCAGUUUUGGCUUUACAGCUCCAACGGGAGGCUGCAUUUCAGACGCUCUAUCAAAAGGAACCAUCCGACUACUCGCAUGGUCAGGAACUGCGCUCCAACGCAGGGCAGUUCCAGCAGCUCCGCUCGCGGCACAACUACUAUGCCCGCUUCUGCACCUAUGUCCAACAACUGGCCCGACUGCUGCAGCUCAGAGAUCCCAACCUGGAGUAUCACACUACUCAGCUCCUCCGCAACGAUCCCUACGAAGUUAUUGGAGAACUGAUCUACGAGUGCGGCAUAACGCCCUUGGAAAUCGAGGCUAGUGUAGCGGCUCUCCAUCUCAAUCUCGUUCACGUGAUUUCUCUAAACAUCUGCCCCCAGUUGGGCGAGGAACCCACGAAAAAAUUGCCACGAAUUGUGGCUCCGCAAAAACAGGAAUCCAUACACAACUAUAUUUCGCAGCACAACCAGCUGUUGGCUCAAUUAUUGCUGGCCAUACAGCUGGGUAGCCUUCCGGAUGGCGAGACAGGUUUAAACUUCUCUUGUCUGGGACAGUUGGUUAAUCUGCCUGAGGUGGAGAUCCUGACCUCUAUGCAUGAUGGAAAUCGUGUGCUGGCCGCCUUGAAUGCCUACAAGUUGGAUAGUGUCAGCCUGGACCUUUUGGUGCCGGAUCGGGAACUGUUACUGCAGAUUCUUCUCCUUGGAAUUGGUGGACAAUCAGAUUCUCCAAAGCGGCUAGAAUCCCGCAUCGACAAGCUGAUUGGUGAUCUCAUUGAGAAGGAUCCUCGUAACAUACAGCUCGUGGUGCACAUGAGCGACCUCGGACUGCGUGCACGCCUGCUGAAGGAGCACUUCACCCGCAUUCCCAGCAGUCAGCAGGCCAAGGAGCUGAUAGAACGAACACUACAGCACCGCCGAGCGGCCAAGGCUAUUCCACCUUUCUUGCGCUCUGAAUUGGAACACACGCUGUCGGACAUUACGAUAUACGCCAGAGUGUCGGCUCUGCUUCAGUUCGAGAGCUGGCCGCAAGCCUAUGACUUUGGACGCCAGACACCGAAUGUGAUCUUCGAGCAGUUGUUGCAACGUCGGAGGUUUGGCUUGUGCUUGGAGUGGAGCCGUGUGGUAUUCCUGGCUGGAUCAGCAGGUCAGCAGCGGGUGUGCUUGCUUACCCUAUUGGAUGCCCUUCUGGAACUGCGCGAUGGUGAGGAGCUGGAUGAAUCCCUUUUGGGCAUUGUGGAAAUGUUUCCACCCAUUUCGUUGGUCAAUUUCCUGGAUACACACAAGGAUAAGUUCAGGUCAUUGCCACUGCUGCAGUGGGUGAUUGAUUACCUUGAAGGCCACGCUCGCGAACCUCGUCUAUAUAAGAACUAUCAGCUCUCCCUGGAGCUCCUACGGCAAAUGGAUACCAAUGAGCGUUCUCAGUUUUGGAAAUUACUCCGACAUCCUCUGCUCAUCGUAGAGCAAUUGGUGAUGAAUGCCCGCUUCGAACUACUGGGAAAGCUACUAGAUGCGGCUCGCUCCAAGUUGCAGAAAGAGAAACCACUGGGCCCGUGUCCUUACUGCUUCGAGAAAACGGGGCAUGUAUACGAUGCCGGGAGUUCAGUUGCGGUUAGUGGAGCAGGAGGCACGCCAGCCAAAAUUCGGUUUCAGCUGGGACAAACCACGUCAGAGGCCUUUAUUCUACUGAACUUCAACUCCUACCAACAGGAUCACUAUGUGGGCCAGGAGUGCUUGGACUUGCUCCUGCGAAUUUAUGCCAGCAAAGCUUUAGACUACCAUGUGGCAAAUGUACGGUCUGCCUCCGAGCCGGGUUCCCUGGGUACCGAUGUCCAAAACUCACUGGACUCCCUUUGUGGUGCCUUCGUGAUGCCAAAACAGGCGCCAAACCGACAGCAGUGGACGCGAGACGAGGAGGCUAGCCACUGCAUGUGCUGUCGGCGGGCAGCUUUCACCAUGUUGAUGCGACGCCACCAUUGCCGUCGAUGUGGUCGAGUGGUGUGCUACGCCUGCUCCACCCAUCGGAUAAGAAUUCCGGAACUCUACGACGAGUUAGAGGUGCGCAUCUGCAACGAUUGUGCCAGCAGUACGGCUGCCAGGGAUCAACGAGAUGGUGCCUCUAGUGAGCGUAGUGCUACCUCGGGAUCAGGAUCAAGGUCUUCCGGACAGAGUGAUUACUGUAAAUGGCGGUUGAGUGGGAUCAUAACCCACGACAAGCUACUGCGCGAGGAGUUCUCCUAUGAACACGCCCCGAGUGUGGCCCUCAGUUUGUCCAUUCUUCGCAAUCAUGUCGAGCAGCGCAGCUGCGUUGAUUUGCUACUCUUCCAUUGCCGCAAGCUGGAAAAGCUGAUCGUGCCCAAUCCAGAAGUAGACUACGGUCUGGUGGCUAAGAUGAUUAAUUGCCUAGCUUUCGCUGCAAAGGUUCGCGGUGCUCCAGGAGAGAUGGAAAACAUUCGUGAGCACUCCGAGAUCAUUAUGGCUGUGGUGCAGCAGGGCUGUGAGUCGCUGAUCCCAACUGGACCUCUUAACAACCACAAUCUCCGCAGACUGGCGGACGCCUUGGUGGAGGCGGAGCAUUGGUCCUUAGCUCUGGAAGUGCAUCUAAAGUGCGGUUUCGCCACAACGGGUGUGAUGGCGGCCCACGGACUAGCAUGUCUCCGAGCCGGCUGCUACGAUGCAGCCCGUGAGAAAUUCGGCCAUUGCAUGACCCGCCUUUCCAGUGAGCAGCUAAAUAGCAGCAUAUGCAAGAACAUGUUUGGAGUGGCUACCGCAGAGGCGGUUCUGUUGCCAAGAAAGCGGCCACAACGCGGUCCGGCCCUGCUUCAAGAAAUCCUGCAGUUGAUAGCCGCAAUGCCUCAGUCGCAACCCCAGCCGGAGACCCUUCACCGGGCGUCACUCAUCCGUAGUUCCAAUUCCUCGCUGGCAUCGCUUUUCACGCGACGUCGGGAGCCCUACGUCCAGCAGCGUCCUCUUCAGGAACCGGCUCUUAAUGUUAUGAAUGCAUUGGCAGGACUUAAGAACAUAGCAAAGGGACAGUAUGGCGGCCAAAUUCUGGCUAGCGAGGAGAGUCGCCGGCAGGAACGCGGCUUCGAGGAAUCUCUGCACUAUGUGCUUACCUACGGCAGCCACAGUGACAUUCUGAACUUCCUGAUGUGGCGUGAAGAGCUGCGGGCAGCACUCCGUUACUGGCAGCACCAGCAGUUGGACGCGGAUCUUUUCAUCCAACACAUCUUCCAGCCGCAACUGGCCAACGGUGGUUUAAACGUUUUGAUGGAUGAACUGCAACAACUGGAUGACGCUCAACUCAGCGCCUGGCGCCUGCCGCUGCUGCAGACCUGCCGUCACCUGGAGCAAAAUCAGCAACUUAGUUCGCUGUACCAAUUGCAGCUGCUGCUCAAGGAUCCCAUUCGGGCCAGCAUGACGUGUGUGAAGUUCUACGCCCUGCAGUGUGAGAACUUCCAGAAGCUGCAUGCCAACGCCCAGCACUUGAUGUCGGCCCACAUGCACCUCCAGGGGGAACUGGAUCUUUCCGAGUGGGAGCACCUGCAGCGGCAACAGGGGAGAAGGAGCAGCGUUGCCAGUGGAGCCAGCGUUCGAGGUGCCUGCUUCGCCAUGCAAAUGGAUGCCAGGGCUCUCAAUGGGCACAUCAAUACCAUCCGGCGACAGUUGGAAGUGGCAAAGUUUUUGGCGAAAUGCGAGAGAGAACAGGCACCAGAGGAGCCGCUCAAUACUAUGCAGAUUCUGAAGCAGAUACGACUCGAGUCUAGUCGAGGAACUCUGCCCACUCUGUUUGAAGGCGCCGCAGAUCGCAUCCAGAUCUGCAUCCUGAUCCUAAUGUGCGGCAAAAACAUAGACGAAGGUUUCGGACUGGCUUAUGGAAUUAUGCAGGAAUACAAGCUGGCGGCCAUCAAGGUGUUUGGAGCCACAGCCAAAUACCUGGCCAGGAAUCAGCGCCUGGCCGAGGUGGAACGUCUGCUGGACUGCAUAGCGAGCAACAACGGCGGGGGCAUUUCCGCGGAGUCCGACGAGAUCCUGUCGAUCGCCAUCAAUGCCGCCGUGCACAGCAGUGCUCCGGAAACUAGGCAGAUGCUAGAUCGGUUGAUCAAACGCAUCGGCAGCGUGGAGCUGCGGGUCUCCUCCUACAUCUACAUCGGGCAGCUAAAGUCCGCCUAUCUGCUGGCCAACAAGCACGAGCGAUUGGGUGACAUCCGGCGUAUCCUGCGGCAGGCGGAGCUCACCGGCCAGGUUCAUAUCAAGAGGCUGUGCGAGAUGAAGCUCCAGCUCAGCGCCCCGCCCCCGCCUGUGUGAUAGCGUUACUCCUCGGGCAAUAACUCUUUGUUAAUAUUUUAUAUAGGGGAUUUCAAUAGCUUGAUAAAUACUAAAAUGAUGAUUUUUAAGGUUUGUACCUUGUUGAAUUCUUUAAGAAUCUUCACAUAUCCAAAUAAGCUCAAUCUCAAUUAAAUUGUGUAUCAGGUAUCUAUUUAACAACAUUUUAAAAUCAUCAUUUGAGCAUUUACCUAGUGAGAACCCUAACUUUUUGUAUCUGGGCUAGAAUAGGAAUUUGUUUUUAGAAUUUAACAUUUACUUAGAUCAAUUUUAACCUUUCCAAAGGGCCAGCAAGUAUUCCACCCUCGAGCUCAAAAAGACUCUCCCAACAAGUAACCAAAUUAUAUUAUUAUUGAUUGUACUGUAUUAUCUCAAUGUUAUUUUUAUAUUAAUUAUACUGUUAUAUGUUUAUUCCCAA